AUGCUCGGUCUUUCUUCUCUAGAGUUUAAAUCAAAAGCCAAAACCAGUGAGCCUCUCGGUGCCGUUUCGCCAUUAGUUUCUCGGUGGAGCAUGAUUGACUACUGGCUAUACCUCCUCCACGUCGUCGAGAGGGGGCGUACAAGAGAGAAUCAUUUUGAUGAAGUCCACUUACUCACAGCUAACGGAUUUAAGCCGACUCGGAUUGAUUUCAAAUUCCUCCAUGUCUGCAGAAGGAAGCCCGGUCUUGAGUUGCUCAUUUUCCUUGCUCUACCUAUUCCCUCCAUCCGCCUCGGACUCCCCGAUAGGAAGAUUGUACUUGGCUUCGACCUGAAGACCCUCCAUCUCCAUGCUUAUUUGGCGGCCCGUGCACCCGAGCAUCUAGCAGACUUCGGACAGGUCUGGAGCCGAGCCGAGCUUGUCUUCAGCAUUGGAACCGGUCAAUUCCUCGAUACCCUAGAGUGCACUCUAACUGACGACCUUAAUACCCUUCGUACUGGUAUUCUUACAUCCUUCGCCAAGUCUACUCGUAAGUUCCAUUCGGCUCUCGAAUUGGUGAUCGCCAUCCAGUUUAGCCAGUUCCUAUACGACUUUACCGAGCUACUAGGUAAGGACAGGGGUAGGUCCAUUGAGUCCCACCAGCGCUAUAAUGAUCAGAUGCGGGAGUUGCUGCGGAAGGCCUCCACUGAUGCCUGGUUUGGGGCUAAGGAUGGGCUUACUGUUGAGCAACACCGUCGGCGCGAGAAGAAUGCAAUUAUUUUGUUUAAUUCGGUCGAGUCAGGCAAGGUCUCCAGCUCUCCAGGCUCCAACGUUCAAGCGGAUUGGACUUGA